AACGAAUCAUCUACCUCGCGAUAUACGUUUAUUUAAAGUGUCACAUUAGAACGAGUCUAGAUCUUCAUCGAUCAUUAUUGAUAAAUUCGUAAGAUCUGACAGACGUUUAUAACGAUUUUUACGAUAACGAAAAGACGAGUUUCAUAAGAACGAAUUCAGAUUCGAGGAAGUGACCUUUGUAUAUAAUAUGAAAAAAAAAUCAUUUGUUUGUUCUUCUUUGUUACUUUUUUUCAUUAUGAUUGUCGUUGUUAUAUAUCGUAAAUAUAUUUCAUAGUGACGAGACGUAAGAAGGUUAAUAAACAAAUGAAUUUGAAAAGAAGCGCGCUCGGAUCGUGUACCAUCGUGUCUCGGAUAAACGGAACGAGUGGAACUGUGUGGAAUGCUCAGAUCGAGAAAGCGCAUGCGCAGUAAACGAAAUAGAAAGAUAUACGAGAACAGUGAAAUGAAAAUGUCGCGAGUUCCGAUAUUAGUGAUUUUGGGUUCAACUGGCUCAGGAAAAUCAAGACUUGGAAUUGAAUUGGCACGAAGAUUCUGCGGGGAAAUAAUAUCGGCGGAUAGUAUGCAGGUGUAUAAGGGUCUGGACAUCGUUACCGCCAAGGUGACCAAGGAAGAAAAGCAAAUGGCGGUUCAUCACAUGCUAGACAUCGUUGAUCCUCUCACCUAUUUUUCCGUCAUCGACUUCAGGGAUAUGGUGCUACCGAUUGUGGACGAUUUACUAUUGAAGAAGAAGAUGCCGAUCGUCGUUGGUGGUACGAAUUAUUACAUAGAGUCUGUACUUUGGAAAAUACUUGUUUCGAAAGCGAAGACAAAUUUUCAAAACGAGAUGGAUCAAACGAAAGUGAUUUUAAGCGAUAACGACAAGAAAAAUAGAGAUGGAAACACACAGGAAACGUUGGAAAGAAGUGAAACGGAAGACGAGUCUUCGCCUUCAAAGAAGAUGAAGAUCGACGGGUGGACGAGCGAGGAGACGAACGAGGUGCUAUAUCGUAGAUUGGCCGAAAUUGAUCCGGAAAUGGCACAGCGACUUCAUCCUAAUAAUAGACGGAAGGUUAUAAGAUCCUUGGAAGUCUUCGAGGAAUACGGAAUUACGCAUAGUGAGAUUUUAAAAACACAACGAUUGGCCGGUGGUUCAGGAUUGGGUGGUCCCUUGCGUUAUCCUAAUUCAAUUAUUUUAUGGCUUCGUUGCGAUAAGAAAAUUCUUGAUGAGCGGCUAAGUCAAAGAGUCGAUUCCAUGAUCCAAGCUGGUUUGGUAGACGAGCUACUCGAUUUUCAUCGUAGGUACAACGAACAAAGGAUUAAGUCCAACACGUCACCUGAUUACACGAAAGGCAUCUUCCAGAGCAUUGGCUUCAAAGAGUUUCACGAUUACCUCAUAUUACCAGAAGAGGAGAGGGCAAGCGAGAAGGCAGAGAAGCUACUUAAACAAGGUUUAGACGAUUUGAAAAUGGUUACAAGAAGAUAUGCUAAUAAUCAACAAAAAUGGAUCAGGAAUCGCUUAAUGCGUCGAACCGAUAGACAGGUACCACCAUUGUAUGUAUUGGACUGCACCGAUUUGACUCAAUGGAAAUCAAAUGUUUUUGAUAAAGCUGUCUCAAUAAUUUCUACGAUAUUACGAGGUGAAAAACCAGAAGAAAAACCUAUUAAUGAAAAUGUCGAGAAUCAGAAAAAUACUGAUAGCAGUAAUGAAGUGCAACAUUAUUGCGAAAUUUGUGAAAGAAUAUUCAUUGGUGAAUUGCAAUGGAAUGCACAUAUAAAUGGAUUAAAGCAUAAGAAAAUUUUGCAACGCAUGAGAAAAAUUGAAAAACAAAAUUCCGGAAAUUAAAUUCUCAUAGAUUGAUACCAGAUUUCAUUGAUACAAUAUUGUAUAUAUGUAUAUCAAUAGAUAUAUAUUUGACUAUUAUAAAGAUAAGUAAUUUUUAUAUUUUUGAAUGGAAGUAUUUAGCAAUGGUCGAUAAGCUAGAUUGGUAUUGUAUCGAUAUAAGAUAAUGUAGUUUUACUUUUUUAUAUUAAAGUACCAUAAGACGUUCAUGCAGAA